AUGGAUAUCAAGAAGCGGAUGCUAUUGCAACAUCACAUGCAGGAUAUCGUCAAAGAUCUAGACGUUAAUCACAUACUUGAUGAACUGUUCACGAAAAAUGUCAUAUCCAACGAGGAUUUCCAUCACAUAUACAACUUGCCGGAUAGGGUAGAACGUGCUAGAUUUCUCAUAGGCAUUAUACUGACCAGCAAUAAUAAUGCAUAUGAAGCUUUCGUGGAUAGCUUGCAAAAGGAUUACAAAUGGUUAUAUGAAAAGUUGUCAGUAGAAAAUAAUCAAGCCAUGAUAGAAGAUAGCUUCGAAGACUGUCUCAGUAGAGGGGAUGUACCGCGGCUGCCAGAUCAUUUUAUCAGUAGAGCAUAUUUGGAAAGGGAAUUACAUUCUAAAUUAAAAAUUCUUACGCGUCAUAAGAUCCUUGUUCUGUAUGGGAUGCCAGGUUGUGGUAAAACGGUGUUGGCUAUCAGCGUUCUGAGGAAGGAAUCAACGCUUAUUAUGAACGACUUCAACGGCGUUGUAUUCUGGCUCAACCUUAGCAACUGUAAGACUGAAGACGAUAUCAUUGCUCAACAGAACAGGUUAUACCGCAAGGCGUCGCUAAUGUUCAACCAGAAUUCGUUCAUGAAUUCAUCAAUGUCUUUAUCCAGUGCGUGUUCAAGAGGAGAUUCCUUAUCUAAUUAUGAUCAUACCAGUGAAGAAUUGAAACAUAAUUUAAAACUACAAUUUUCCGGAGAGCCCUUGAAGGAAGCCUUGCUCGUGUUGGACGAAGUCAAUGAAAAGAAUAUUCUAGAGGCUUUCGAUAUCGGCUGUAAAAUACUCGUAACUACUAGAGACAGAGAAGUCUUCGUCAACUUUGAUUCCCAGAUUGUAGAAGUAGAAAAUCACUUUUCCGAGACAGAAUCAUUAGACUUGUUUGCUUCGUGUCUUGGUGUAGAGGCUACGAAGCUACCGAGACAGGCGAAGAAGUUACACGAAGUUUGUAAAGGAAGUCCCUUUCAUAUAGCAUUGAUUGUGGCUGAACUAGCCGAAAAUAAAGAACGUCUUAUAAACGAUCCUCAGAGGUGGAAUUAUUAUAUCGAUAAGUUGAGAAAAAAGGAACUUUUCUCUCUCCCAAGACGAGAGAAACCAAUGAAGACCGUCGAAGUGUGCAUUAACUUGCUCAAACCGGACAUGCUGGCGUUAUUCAAGAUGCUAACAAUAUUGCCAUACAACACUAAGAUAUCAACUAAAGUACUCAGCAGACUGUGGAACAAAAAUAUAAUAGACGUUGAAAGCAUAACAAAACAACUGAGAAGUAAAUCAUUGAUCAUGGAGUUCUACGACAGAGACCAAAAGAAUUAUACAUACGAAAUACACGAUUUGAUCAUGAGUUACCUUAUAUCGAGUUCCAAUGAGGAGGAAGUUAAAAAUAUGCACCUGAAUUUCCUUAGAAACUAUGAUUAUGAUAGCUCGAACGGCGCGCCUAUAGAAAUAGCCGAUGAUGGAUACAUAGCGUUCCAUAUCGGUUACCAUUUAGCCAAAACGAGAAAUGCUGACAAUAUGUGGGAUUUGUUCAAUAAACUGUAUCUAGAUUUGAGAUUUUUGGGUAAUAAAGUGAGACUAACCGGUUCAGCGGAUGUUAUAUUGGAUUUGGAAACAUACGAAAAGUAUAUUACGAAAAAUUGUGAGCUUGAUACAAGACUAUUAUAUAGUAUCAAAGAAUUUCUCAUAAGACACGGGACUGAUCUCUACAGGUAUCCAUGCACGGAUAUUGUACAAAGUAUUCUACAGAAUGAAAGCAAGGGAAUCCUUUAUACUAAAGCUAGUCAGAUAGCGAAGGAGAGAUGCGCGAAAAACGAACUGUAUUUUGAGUUUUUACAUGAACAAAACGUCGAAGAAAUCAAACAUUCCACAAUAGAUGUAAAGGAGAAAAUAACUUGUGUGUGUUUCUUCUUCAAAUAUGUUCUGAUUGGAACUGCCACCGGUACUAUUAAGCUGUUCGAGCUGAACACCAACAAGCUAGUUCGUUCUCUCCAGCUUCAAUCUUCAGUACGCGCGAUGUCUCCGCGCUUGUCGUCCCCUGCAGCGCUUGCAGCGCUGGAACACAGCGGUGUGUUGCGGCUGUGGUACGACCUGCAGCCGGAAAGCGAUCACGACAGUGACGUCAUCGAAGAAGAAUGUGAAGAAAGCUUCAACAAUAACUACCUUACCAAUAAAACAAUUCAACCCAAAUUGGGACCGUUUCUGAACUGUCGCUGGGCAAAUGACUUCUUAGUAACACACACUUCGGAAAUAAUCAUAAUAUAUUCAAUAAAUGCUGAAGUACUUCAAGUGUUGGACAACUUAUCCCGUGAUGUUGAUAUCCUGUGUUGUAUUCCAUGUAACUUUGAUAAAAAUGUCAUAUAUGCAACACCUCGGAAUCUAGAAAUUGUCAAUUUGAAAACAAAAGAGAAACAAGCCUUUGAAACAACUGACAUUGUCUUAAAUAUCCUGACUGUACCCGGCAGCAACAGAAUUCUUACCUUAAAUGAACAUGAAGUCACCGAAUACGAAUUCAAAAUGUCUUUCAAACACAAAGAGAACAGAAGAGGAAAAAUUGUUGUUUCAAGCAACGCUGUUAAAGAGAAUAUAUUAUUUAUAUCGAUGGCCGUCAACAACACCGGCACACUGUUGUUCGUGUCAACAAACGACAAUAGGAUUAUUUGUGUGGAUCUGAAAACGAAUUCAUAUAUAUUUGAUCUACAGAAUAGGAGAGGGAACGUGACCUGUAUGUCUGUAUGCGAGGUGUCUGAACCGGAAUACUUAGAAGGAUCGGAUCUGUUGUUGACUGGCUCAGGACAGCACGAAGACACUGCGAAGGUUUGGUACAUGGACGCCGGCUACGUGGCCGCUAACACUCACAGAAACAGCAAAGCUCGUCUAACAACUAAAUUCGACGCUAAUUUUGUAGCUGUAACAACACCUACCGAUACUUCCACUAAUAGUUCUACAACGACGCCGAAAAGACAUCACUCGUUUGCGAAUCAACACGAGGUUGUGAAAAAAGUAGUUAAAACCACAAUGAGCCUUGACAGACAUACACUGAAACCUUUGAACUUGGACGGGAUUUGUAACGGCACUAGCAGUAAUGUGAUGCAACCUCUGUUGGCGAUUGUUGAUGACAAGAAUAACAUACAGGUAAUGCGCGGCAGGAAACUCAUAGCAGAGAUAUCUUCGUAUUCAGAUCAACAGGUGACAGCGGUUCGUAUAUCACCUUGCAACCACUACGUUAUAUACGGACUCAGUUCCGGUAUAGUGAAGAAAUUUAUUGUUCGCUCCAAAGAGAUCAAGGACAUCAUGGAUGUGAAUAGUCCCGUGAUGUAUAUGAACUUUGUUAAUAACAACAUGUUGAUAGUGGCCGGGGAGAACAAAUGUUUGAUGGCCUACAGACUGACGGAGAGUGGGGAGUGGGAACCUCUUAUGUUGAUGAGGGGCAACACUGAUCUAGGAUCACAGGAACUAUUGAAUGAUAUACAAGGAGUGAAAAAGAAACAUCAUCAGUUGUCAAGUAUAGACAGUGAGAGCAGUAUCAACUCAAGGGAGUUUUACUUUAAUUCUGUCACAUCAAAACUUUGCAAGGGAAGUAGCUUGAUAGACUGUUACUGGAUACAAGACAUGGGGCUCAUCACCAUAGAGUCAAACGCUACCAUCAAACUAUGGGACGAAAACCUGGAGUUAGAUAAAGUGUUACACGGAAAACAAACAGCCACCAUACAGUAUAAAGAAGUACGACUGUCUUGUUCUGCUUACAACAAGAAUAUUUUGGUCAUAUGUGACUACUCCAAUGAGUGUUUUCAGAUAUUCGAAUUUAAACACGGACAGAUGAAUCUGAUACAAGAAUACGAACUCAAGAAAAAGAUAUAUUCUUGUGCUCUCACAGACGAUGGAAAUAUACUGGCGCUGGGACUUGAAUCAGGAGAUGUUGUGAUAUGGAGUGUGUCUAACAAACGUCUGCUGGAAGUGUUGAAGCAUCACUCAUCGCGUGUCCAGUGUUGUUUCUUCUCUCCGUCUCCUUCAAGACGUAGUCGACCGGGCGCGCUCUCCCCCUCCACCCCCUUCACCCCCGCAGACGAUGAACCCCCACUAGUACUGGUCACUAUGGCCGCUGAUGUAGUGUGGUGGGACGUCAGCUACAUCAUACGGAGACGACUCAAUAGGAACUUGAGAACGGGAAGAACUAUACUCACACCUCUACCAAGUCCAAUGGAAUUCAAAAAUGAAAUACAAUCAGAUGAUAACGCGAACAAAAAUAACUAUUUCUUUAACGAUAACUUUUUGAAUCCAACGCAAAUGUGGAAAGCUAAUUGGAAACAUAAAACAUAUAAGGAGGGCUCAAAAAGGAAGGAAAUCCUUGCGUGUAUAAAGCUGUCAGGGAUGAACGCCAAGAAGAUCUGCCACGAUGAAAAGUUCUCCUGUUUCGUGACGGUCGACAACCCUGGACUUAUAUACAUCAUGACGCUUAUGGGUUCCGAUUAG